UGGCAGUCUGCAGAGGGGAAAGGAGGCGGAAGAAGUGGAAGAAGUGCUCUGCUCCUGGACUAAACUCUUUUCACCUCUCCUUGCUUCUCCAGUGAGCUGUUGCUAAGAUCUCCUUUUGAUCUCUGCACCUGUUGCAACUCGUCAGCCAGGUGAAGGGGAUUAUAUCUCUCUCAGCCAUAACUUUUUCAGCUGUCGUUCCAGGAGAGCUGUAGAUCUCGUUUAGUUAAAUUGCAGGACAAUUGGACUGCUCUGCCUCCCUCUUCCUCCCUCCCUCACUAUUUUCUUCUCUCUGUGUCCAGCCCUGCCUCAUGCUCUGAGUGAGUCUGUGUCUGGCUGUGGCUUGGAGCUCCAGAAUCUUCCUCACCGGAGAGAAGGCAUGGAACACUAGAGUAGAAAACUGAGAGGUAGAAUUCUGUGGUAGAAUUCAGAUAUAGAACACUUCGGUAGAAUUUCUGAGUAGCGUUCUGAGCUGGAACUUUAAGCAAGAUUUUGGGAAAUCUGAACUAGAAUACAGAGCUGGAAUACUUAAUCGGAACACUGAGCUGGAACUUUUCAGUGGAACAUUGAGGUAGAAUCCUGAGGCAGGUAGAGUAAGGAGGAUGGGAGGUCAUACUGCAGUGGUGUGUUUGGUUCUGCUGGCCCUAUGCUGUGUGCUACUGCCCAGAGCAGGGGAGAGUGCAGGAGGCAUUGUCUCUUUAGGCCAGGCUGUAGAGGAGAUAGGGAUGGAGGCCCUAUAUAGACAGGAGUCCCAGGAUGAACCAGCUAAAGAAGAGGAUCUCACAGAGACACAAAGCCAGACUAGCAAGGAAAAGAGAGCCACAGAGGAGGAUGCCCUACCAGAUAAUGCCCUCCGUGGCGAUUUAAGCAGCACCAUCACCAGGGUCAGGAGAGCCGAAGAGGAAGAGGAGGGCAAAGGGGAUAAAAAGAAGGGCAAGAAAGACAAGAAAGACAAGAAAGACAAGAAAGACAAGAAGAACAAGGAGCCCAAAGUGCCCAAGGCCACCAAGAAGCCUAAAGCAGACAAAAAGCCAAAGAAGGGCAAAGAAAAGGGGCCACGGACAGAAGCACCUACAACUCCACCACCCACAACUACCACACUACCACCUACAACUACCACACCACCACCUACAACUACUACAGAGGUGUACACAGAAGCAGCUCCCACAGAACCUGACCCAUACCCAGACUACCCCUACCCAGACAACGAGGAUGACUACUGGAAGCCAGAUGAGGAGGAGCCCGCAGGCCCAGUGGUCGACCCAGAAGAUGACUAUUGGAAGGGAGAGGACCCAAUGGCCACGCCCCCCACUCCUGUGGUGGAUGGAAAGGUGGACGAGGGAGACGAGGACUACUGGGACGCCAGAUACGAGGUGCCCGAGAAUCUUCCUUUCCCUGAUGGUAAAGAGGUCGUCCCCACAGAGAAAGAUGACUGGAGCUACGCUGUUACAGAGGAGCUUGUUACACCACCACCCACCUAUGAAAGCCCAUGGUACGAGGAGUAUGACUACGGCCAUAGUGGUGGACAGACGAAAAAACAGGAGGAGAGAGAGAACCAAAGGAAAGAAAAGGAGAGAGAGGAUAGAGAGAGAGCUCAGCAGAGGAGGGAAGAGGAAGAGAGGGCCAAAGCCAAGAAGAGACCACACGUAUUCAAGGAACCCAAAAAGUGUCCUCCCCUGGGUAUGGAGUCUCAUAGAAUACAAUCAGACCAGCUGCUGGCCUCCUCCAUGUCUCACUACCGCUACAGCCAAGCCAGGGCACGACUCAACAUACAGGCUUCGGAUGAUGAGGAGGACAUGCAUGGUGGGGCGUGGUGUCCUAACCCAGAGGACAAUAUUCACUGGUUUGAGAUGGACGCUCGCAGAGCAACAGAGUUUACUGGGAUCAUAACACAGGGACGAGACUCACGCAACGAGAGUGACUUUGUGACAUCGUACUACGUGCAAUUCAGUAAUGACAGCAGAGAAUGGAAAACCAUCCAUGACGGUUACUCUGACUGGUUGUUUUUUGCUAACUCUGAUAAGGAUACCCCUGUGCUGAAUCAGUUAGCUGAGCCCAUACUAGCACGCUACAUCAGAGUUAUCCCUCAGAGCUGGAAUGGUAGUUGCUGUAUGAGGCUGGAGGUACUAGGCUGCCCACUGCCUGACCCCACCAGUGCCUACCAGAGGCUGCAGAAUGAGGUGACUCCCGUCCAGUACCUGGACUUCAGACAUCACAACUACUCAGACAUGGUCACGAUGAUGAAGUCUGUGUCUGAGGAGUGUCCCAACAUCACCAGUAUGUACAGCCUGGGUCGCAGCUCCAACGGACUGGACAUCCUGGCCAUGGUGAUAUCAGGCAACCCCACAGAACACGAGAUAGGUGAGCCGGAGUUCCGCUACACGGCCGGUCUCCAUGGAAACGAGGCGACGGGGCGGGAGAUGGUUCUUCUUCUGUUGCAGUACCUGUGUAAGGAGUACAAUGAUGGCAACCCCAGAGUGCGCCGCCUGGUGGAGGGAAUACGUAUCCACCUGGUGCCCUCACUCAACCCUGAUGGGCAGGAGAAGGCCCUCACAGUGGGUUCCGAGCUGAGUGGUUGGACAACAGGCCACUGGACGGAGGACGGCCAUGACAUCUUCCAGAACUUCCCUGACCUGAACAGUGUUUUGUGGGAGGCCGAGGACAAGGGCAUGGUGCCCAAACUGACCCCCAAUCACCAUGUCAAGAUCCCUGCAGAUCAAGAGGGGGAUGACAGGAUUGCUGUGGAGACUCGAGCCAUCAUCUUGUGGAUGGAGAGCCACCCAUUCGUACUGGGGGCCAACUUCCAGGGGGGAGAGAGGUUCGUAGCGUACCCCUACGACAAUCACCGCCUAACCAAGACCGCCAGCGCCAGCACCAGAGAGGGCAAGAGAGAGAGGGCACAGAGCCGCAAGAAGAGACAGUACGAGGAGUUUGAGGAGCCGGUGGAAGAUCAUAGAAACAGGGGAUACCAGCAGCCAGAAGAAGACCAGUGGAACAGGGGAUACCAGGAGCCAGAAGAGGAUCUGUGGAACAGGGGAUACCAGCAGCCGGAAGAAGACCAGUGGAACAGGGGAUACCAGCAGCCAGAAGAGGACCAGUGGAACAGGGGAUACCAGCAGCCAGAAGAGGACCAGUGGAACAGGGGAUACCAGCAGCCAGAAGAGGACCAGUGGAACAGGGGAUACCAGCAGCCAGAAGAAGACCAGUGGAACAGGGGAUACCAGCAGCGAGAAGAAGACCAGUAUAACAGGGGAUACCAGCAGCCGGAGGAGGAGUGGAGGGGACAUGGCUAUGGCCACAGGGAAGAGGAAGAGGAGGAUGACAGAGGGAGAGUGGGGUACGCAGAGCCUGAGGAUGAACCCAGGGCCACAGCAGACGCCUCCUUUUUCAGGUGGUUGGCCAUCUCUUAUGCCUCUACUCACCUGUCGAUGACAUACACUUCCCACGGCUCCUGUCACGGCGAUGACAUCACUGGAGGCGUUGGAAUCGUCAAUCGCGCCAAGUGGCAGCCCGUCACAGGAAGUAUGAAUGACUUCAGCUACCUGCACACUAACUGUCUGGAGCUGUCAGUGUUCCUGGGCUGUGAUAAGUUCCCCCAUCAGAGUGAGUUGGUCAUUGAGUGGGAGAAGAACAGAGAGGCCAUGCUCACCUUCAUGGAGCAGGUGCAGCGUGGGAUCAGGGGCGUGGUAAAAGACAAUGAGGGGAACCCCAUCGCUAAUGCUACAGUUUCUGUAGAGGGGGUCAACCAUGAUGUCUCUACAGCUGUAACAGGGGACUACUGGCGCUUGUUGAACCCAGGUGAGUACCGUGUGACGGUGCGGGCAGAAGGCUUCGCCCCCCUGACCAAGCUGUGUGUGGUGGGCUACGAGGCAGGGGCAACUACCUGCAGCUUUAACCUGGCCAAGUCCAACUGGGACCGCAUCAAACAAAUCAUGGCCCUGCACGGCAACAAGCCCAUACGCCUGCUCAGCCACGGCAACGGCGGAACAAGACGGAACAUGGUCUCCAAUGGUAACAGGCAUGUGGCGCAUCCUGACAGAGUUACCGCCAUGAGUCCUGAGUUGCGUCGCGAGCAAAAGAAAGAGCUAAGGCUCGACCGCCCCCGUCGUCUACGGCAACAGAGACCGAUGAGAUCGACAACAACGUUGCCCCCAACGACCACGCCAGUUCCCAUGACAACAGAGGCGGAGCCCACCACUGCUUGGUACGACUCGUGGUUCAUAGGAGAGGGGCAAACGUCGGCACCGGAAAGUUUCACGGACUCCAUCUUGGAUUACAAAUAUGAGUACAAGAUCGACGAUUACUAAACUAAACACCAAGGCCUUGUUCCAAUACAUUUCCAAUACAUCCUUCCUCCCCACUUCCUUGAAGAAAUCAAGGUAGGUAGGGAGGAAGUAUGCAUUCUAAGGUAUUUGAACAGGACCGAUGUCAUAGUCCUGAGCCCAGGCUGUUAACUCAAUUCUUAGAGUAGACAACUAAGUGACCCCUUAAAGGGAUAUUUGGGAUUUUGGCAAUGAUGCCCUUUAUCUACUUCCCCAGAGUCAGAGGAACUCGUAGAUACCAUUUUUAUGUCUCUGUGUCAAGUAUGAAGGAAGUUCGAGUUAGUUUCGCAAGCCAAUGCUAACUAGCAUUAACACAAUGACUAGAAAGAUUCUAGCAGAUACCCAUAGACUUCCAGUCAUUGCGCUAAAGCUAGUAAGCAAUUGCGCUAGCGCUAGUUAAAAACUUCCUUCAAACUACACACAGAUACAUUAAAAUGGUAUCCACAAGUUCAUCUGACUCUGAGGAAGUAGAUAAAUCCCAAAGUAUCCCUUUAAAGAACUGACAGGUAGGGGUAGGUUUAAGCAAAAUGCCUGAAACUCCAAUAACUCUGGUAGCCCUCCAGCCAUCCAUUCUUUCAGAUCAACAAAGGAGCCACAAGAAGUGGUUAGGUAUAUCUGCAAAAACUGAUCAAAGGAACAAUGCAGUAUUGAAUGCAAAAACAGUCAGGUACACAAGCUAAUGUCAGUGGUCUGUAUAACUGCUCAAGUAGGUAUUUCGAUACAACGUUAACACACACAAAAAUGUCAGUUUAGAGUAGAAAAAUAGAAUCUGAAUCACUGAUAUCUGGAAAAUGAAUUUUAUGCCAAUUCCAUUUAAAAUGUUGUUGCAAAGCUUUCCUAGAGAAUGCACUUCAGAGAUCAUGUAGAUGUGGUGGUUGCAGAUUACGCACUUGUUUUACUAUCGCCUCCACCCUUGAAGAGUCAAACAAAGAAUCAAAGUUUCAGUUUUUCUUAUAAAAGUGUGGAUUAAUUGACAUUAUUUUCACACAUUGACAGCAAAGUCACAAUAUCGACAUACAGUAACUUUACAAAAUGUUUGUUGAAUAGUAGGAGAGAAAUCAAAAGAGAUUUCCUUAAAUGUUCCUCAUAAUUUAGCUGAGGUAGAGGAAAGUUAUUUUUUCAAUUAAUAAAGGCUUGUUUACAUGCA